AUGCAUUAUCUCGCAACCGCACUCGUCGCCUUUGCUUUGGCCCAUGGCGGCUUGGCCGACAACGAACCACCACACAUCAUAACCUACACCGGGUUUCAGUGCACGGGCGAAGCAACAUCCAGCGUCGUCGGCAUCACCGGCUGCGUCGCCCCCCCCCCCCCGGAAUUCCGGUCUUACAAGGAAAAUGGAUGGGGCCCUCACCACACUCGCAUCGGGUUCUACGAAGAAGGCACUUGCCGGACGCAGCUGUUCGACACCUGGGCUUAUGAUGGAGACUAUUUCCAAUCACAUCAAUGCUACGAUGUCGGCUCUAUUGCCGCACACGAGAACCCACUUGGGCCGAUGCCGAUCAGCGCCAGUGGACUGCUGCUCAAGAUUGUUGUUGAUAUCGGCAACAAAUGACGGGAGGCUGUGGAAGCUGGAGUCAAAAACGCCAGUCAUUACCACCUACAUGCACACACACACAUGUAUCACAUAACACAAAACUCUCCACGAGCCUUAAUAGAAACUGAUCCUCCAACUUGGAGCACACUCAACGCUUAACUUAUUCUGCGCAGCAUUAAUAGCGA